GAAGCGGGUCACGUUGCCCAAGUAACGAGCCGUGCCAUCGCCAUGGUAACCCGAGCCGGGUGAAACAGAUGGAUUCCCCGGUAUCCGGGCCAGUGUUCUGCUUGCAGCGGGGCCCACUUGUCCCAAAGUUAGUCAAAACCCGAAAAAGUGAAAAGUGAUGGGGAAAAAAUUGGAAGACUACUUUAAAACCUUCUUCGAAGAAAACCUCAUGGUCAAAUUACCAGACCAAGAAACCAUAUUUGCAACAAGUGCAAUGCAGUUAUUGGAGAAAAGACGAGAACUGACUGAAGUAGAAGUGGAUCUUGCAAACCAAAAAGAGGAGUUCCAAGUGAAACGCAAAAUCUUGAAGCAGAGAAGAGAGGAACUAGUGAAGAAAGAAGAGGAGCUGAAACAGUCCAUACAGAAAUUUGACAGAUUCUUGAAGGAAAAUGAUGCCAAAAGAAUUCGAGCUAAGAAUAAACGAGUGACUGAAACCGAACUAAUAAAACAAAAAGAAAAAGAUAUUCUGAAACUACAGUACGAACUGGAAUAUCUGACCAGGAGGAGAGAAGACCUAAAGAGCAAAGUGGAGGCUUACGCCAUUUAUCCAAAAUAUUUGGAGAAAGUAAUAAAAGUAUCAAGUGAGUUUCGGAAUAUCCAGAUGGUGAAUCAUCGUUUUAAGGCUUUGUUUCACACGUACGAUACGCUAUUCCGAAGAUACCAGCGAAACCAAGAAAUCGUGAAGACAGUUAAGACGGAACUUAAUAACUUCAUAACAGAGAAAAGCAAUGAAAAUAUGGAAUACCAGAAUAAGCUGAUAUCGCUGAAAAGUUCCCUGGAAGCCGCCAAGUCUAAAACCUUAAAAUGGGAAUCCGCAUGGGUACAUAUCCAAAAUACGGCAGCAAAAGGAACGCUUAACUUGGGCAUGAUAAAAAUGGCCAUUUUUAACCUUUAUGCACAUGUAAAGAACACAGACUCGGAUUUUGACACUGUUACAGAAGACACAGAUGCACAGCUUACCGCAGUACAAGAAUACAUUCUGCAAUUAAGGGAGAUUAUGCAGGAUUUCAAGAGAAUGGAAAACAGUUAGCUCACCUUCAGUUGCAGUAAAUUACAAAUUACUUUAUACUGUUAUUGGUUAGGAAAUACUACAGAAUGAAAAAUCAAGUUUUACGAUGUCUAUAAUUGAAAAUAAAUUGAAGUUUUUGUAUUUAAAGGACAUAUAGGUAAAACUCAAACUAUCACUGAAUGUAUUUCUCUAAUGUUCACAUCUUUGCAAGAUCUACAACUUGUGUCAGCUGUUCUGCAAAAUAGGGCCACGGCCUUAAUCUUACAAAAGCCUUUAUAUUCAGGUGGUGCCUGCAGAGUAGAAAAUUCUGUUUGAUUCAUCCUCAUUCACAACAAGAGGGCAAGCUUCAACCAGUACUAUCUACCAGUCAGUUUAACCUUAGUGAUGGUAAAAGUCAGGGAGGGAAUUCACAAUCAAGUGUGACUUCAUUAGAGAAAGUCAACAUGGAUCUGUUAUGUGUAACUGUAAGUUUAUGGUGCAGGAACAGAGAGUCAAUGAAAUAUGGUUGAUGAGAUAUGAAUGGACAUUUGACAGUAGUAGGCUUUGAUUGAAGGUCGUGGAAUAAAAGGGACUGUAGCAGCACAGAUAGAAAACCAGCUUAGUAUCAGGAACAGAGUAGAGCGGAAAAGCUCUUCUCCCAGACAGGAAGAAAUUGUCAGAGGAGCUCGUCAAGGGUUAAACACUAAGAUCAAUGCACUUCAUAAUAUAAAUGAUUUGGAAUUUUAUUUGUACGACACAAUUCCAAAUUUGCAAAUAACAUGAAACUUAAACAGCGAGGAAGAAAAUAAUAGGCCAAGCCAGAGCGAGCAUGUAUAUCCAGAUGAAAUUUAAUGCAGAAAAUUCUGAAAUCUUGUGCUUUGGUAGGAAAAUGAGAAGCAAACUAGAUUGAAAGGCAUCAUAUGAAGGAGGUACGACAGAAAUCAAAUAAUGGGCAUAGUUCAUUGGAAGUGCCAAGGCAAGGGAAGUGAUUUUGAACAUAGUAAAAAUCCAUAUUUUUAUAUAGAAUUAUAUAAAUUUUAAAGAAAUAUGAAUUACUAAAAGUAAAAAAAAGUCUAUCCAUAGUCUCCACCAAGACCCCAGCAGCACAUUCCAGGCACCUUCCACUCUUUGUAUAAAAUAUCUGGCCUGCACAUCUCCUUUGAACUUCUCUCUUUCAUCUUAAGUACAUACCUACCAGAGAGCUACUGUCAGUCCUUCCCCUCAGCUUCCACUGCUCCAGACAAAACAACCCAAGCCUGCCCAACCUCUCCUUAUAGCACUUACCCUCUAAUCCAGGCUCAUCCUGGUAAACCUGUUCUGUGCAUAAAGAGCAAGGAAAUUCUUCACGAUCAAUACUGGUUUAGCCACAGCUGAAGAAUUAUGUCCAGUUCUAACACAUUUUAGAAUAGAAUGUGGAAGAUUUGAAGGCAGUGCAGACAAUUCCAGUGAUGGGGGACUUUGAUUAUGUGGACAGCAGGAAGAAGUUAAAGCCACUCCCUUGGAAUAACAGGAAUCUGUGAGGUGGUAUAUAAAAUUAUAAAAGGUAUAGUCUGAGUAGAUAGAGAGAAACAGUUUAUUUUGCUAGAGAGCCUAAGAGCUAAGGGACUAAGGGUGAUUGACAAAGAACUAAAAGUGAUAAAACAAUUUUUUUUUAUUUUACACACCACAAGUGGUUAGGGUUUUGAAUGAAUUGUCAGAGUGCAGUGGAGGCAAGUUAAUUGUUGCAGUCAGAAUGGAGCUGGAUAGAUAUCUGAGAAAGGUAAAUGUUUUGGAAAUAGCAAAUGUUUAAUAUUAAAAGUAAAUUUAUCUGAAAUGGUUUUUGAUUGUCAUGUAUAAUUAUCACAGCAAAAUAAUUCAAAUUGAUGGCAAAGUUUUGGUCUUAUUAUCUUAGAGUGGGCACAUUCCACAUGAAGAUCAUUAGUGAAAAGCCUAUAAUGACAAUGAGCACAAUAGAUUUAGCAAACUUAACUUGGUAUGCACUCUGCAUGGAGUUCACUUUAGUUGUAUGAAGUGACACAAGUUUCUUUUCGCUUGUUGAAAUAAUUCCUGAUUGUAUGAUGUAGGGCUUUUAUUUCCCCUCACCAAGGCUACCAGACUAAGAGGCAACUAUAUUGAUUGCAGAAAUGACAUAUUGUGCCACUAACCUAGCAAUUUAACUGCCUGGAUUGCACCAUCUGUCCCACCCCGCUCCCAUGGUACUCCAUCCCCACCAUCCUUUGCACCCACCAGCCUGACAAACUUUCUCUCUCUCUGCUUCACAUUGACAAACACAGAACUGUGCAAAAGUAAUAACUAUCAAACAAAAAAGAGAAAAAAAAAAGCAAAAGCAUUCUUGAAACUUUCCAUAGCUCUCCUCAGUGACUUCUGAGAACUUGGGAUAAUCAUACAACAGCUUUUACAUACUCCAGGAACUUUACAUUGUAGCUAAAAGUGGAUUCCUUCACCACCAUCACCAGGUAUACCCUUUGCAAUGUAAUAUUUCAGAGGUUAUGUAAGUGGUGUGUUGUUAUUUGAUGAAAAGGCUGGGUGAUGCAAGACAUUGGACUAAACAAAAUUGUUAUGAUUAAAAUAAGUAAAUUAAUGUGAGUGUUGAAAUCAACGUGGUAAACUGGCAGCAAUCUCUCAGUUGUGGAUUUAAGUACUAAACUUAAGCUGACAUCAAUAGAAUGCUUCUUUACUGCAGAUGAAAGCCAUUUGAUGAAACAGUCAAUAAAUAUGUCUUUCUAUCUUGGUAAAUGCAAAACAACUUCAGCAUAUGUCAUUAGUCAACCAACAUUACCUCUUCAGUCACCAUCAGAUGACUUAUUCUCAAUUACCAGUGGUAAUAAGCUGUAGUUUUCUUGUACAGUACUGAAAACUCUUCAUGCACAAUUACAGUUUGAAGAUGUCUGUACCAUGUUUUAACCACAAUAAACAGGU